CUUAUCGAAUUUCAUGCGAGUGGUGAUGUGUAAUAAACCAAAAGUUUUGUUCACAUUUUAAACAAAAAUAAAAACACACAACAACGAUGAACUACAAUCCAAAUGCGGCAGCAGCCAGCGGACGCGCUCGUCCUGCCAAACGGGUCAGCGAUUUAAAUGCCAUGGGUCCACCCAGCGAUGGCGGCGCCGGCGGUGGCUCUGCAUUUAUGCAGCCGUCUGCAGGACCAACAAUGUUUGAUCCCAAUUUGUACUCGGCACCACAGCAACCACAGCAGCAGCAGCAACCACAACAGUUGAACAACAAUUAUGGCUACAAUGCAGCACCACAAAAUUAUGGCUAUGCAACAGCACCACAACAGCAACCACCACAAGGACAUAAUUCUUAUGCUGCACCACAGCAGCCGCCUCCAUUUGGAGCUCCUCCUGGUGCUGCUCCCCCUGGUGUACCACCAGCAUCCGGCGCCACAGCUCAAUAUCCACAAUUUGCCAUGUUUCAGCAGCCAAUGGUGCAGGACAUGGCCAUGGAGUAUGGUCAACGUUUGGCGGAUCAGGGCAAACAGCUGGUGGAGAAUCAAUUUGAGAAAUGGGUGCCAGUUGCCAAAUUGAAAUACUAUUUUGCCGUGGAUAAUGCGUAUGUGGGUCGCAAGCUGCGCCUCCUCUUCUUUCCCUACAUACACAAGGACUGGUCGCUGAAGUACGAUCAGGAGCAUCCGGUGCAGCCGCGUUAUGAUAUUAAUGCGCCCGAUUUGUAUCUGCCAACGAUGGGCUAUAUAACGUAUGUAAUUGUUGCUGGACUGUUGUUGGGCAUGCAGAAUCGUUUCUCGCCGGAACAGUUGGGCAUUCAGGCGUCCAGUGCGAUGGCUUAUAGCAUUUUUGAGCUUGUCAUCUAUUCGAUAUCGUUGUAUGUGAUGAAUGUGAAGACGAGCCUGAAAACAUUGGAUCUCCUGGCAUUUACGGGUUAUAAAUAUGUGAAUAUUGUUGUCUGUCUGUUGAUCAGCACGCUCUUCUUUCGCUCCGGCUAUUUUAUGGCCCUCGCCUAUACCAGUUUCUCAUUUGGUUUCUUUCUGUUGCGCACGCUGCGAACCAAGUUGUUGCAGGACAACACUCCGACGGCGCCCAGCGGUGCCAUCAAUUAUGAUCCCUAUGGCAAUCCGCAGCAAUUUGAUUACAGCGGUGGACGGAAGCGUAAAUUGUAUUUCCUAUUCAUUGUGGUUGCCGGACAGGUGCUGUUUGCGUAUCUGCUGUCCAAGCAUCUUUAUCUGCCCAGCACGGAUCCGUUGGACACGCUAAAAGCGCUCUAAUUAAAUGUUUAGCAUAAUUUCUCUUUUCGUAUAACUCUCAUUUGAAUUAACCGGGCAAUGAUAUAAUGAACACACACAUGUCUGCACAUAAAUCUAUAUAUAUAUAAAUAACAUACAUAUAUAUAUUAAUUGCUAUGUGUGUGUGUCUAGUAUAUACUCUCAAAAUCAAUGUGUUUAAAUGUUUCCAAUGCCAAUGCAAAAAUCAUUUCCAAAAUGUUAAAUCUUCUACAUAGUCUAUAUGGUUAGAAGACUAAAAGUUACUUAAGAGUUAGCGAACAUUCAAUUUUUGAGAUUUGCCGAUGUGAAUGCAUAUGAAAAAACAUAUUUUUGUUAACAAACAAAUUAACACAAUUUUAUAAAUAAACCAUGAUAAAAUAAUGAAA